AGAAAAAACUACGGGAAGAAUAAUGUUAGCACGAAAGUACAGUUUUGCUUCUCUAUUAUUAGUUAUUUGUCUUCUUUUUACUCAAUCAACUGCAAGCAGUUGCAUUUUCAAAGGCCAUUGUAGAACUAGUCAACACUGUAAAAACGUAUGCAGAGGAACCGGGAUAGAUCCAGUAUUUCAAUUAUGCGUUCCAUAUUCAUUUAAAGGAGGCAAAUGUUGUUGCUUGCAUAUUGAUGGGGCUCCCUCGUCAAGUAAAAAAAUUUAG